AUGGCGUCGUCUGAUACCUCCGAGACGGCGCCGGCUGAGAAAGAGCUCCCCGGAGUGCUGCGCAUGGAAGCACUAAACAACGAGCUGACAUUUCCAGAACGAUGCUGCUUGUUCGUCAGCAUCUUCUUCGUCUCUUACGCCUACGUUAUGGACGCGGUAACUCGAAGCACCUAUCAAGGCUAUGCGACUUCGAGCUAUUCCCAGCACUCGCUGCUCUCGACAAUCAACGUCAUUAGGGGAGUCAUCGCAGCCGUCAUCCAGCCGUUGGUGGCCAAGCUUUCCGACUUGAUUGGGCGCAUGGAGUUGUUCCUGAUCGUUACCGUCUUCUAUAUCGUGGGCACAAUCAUCGAAGCGAGCACUACGAACGUCCAGGGCUUCGCGGUCGGAGCCCUCUUCUACCAGAUCGGCUACAUCUCGACCAUAUCGAUUUUCGAAAUCAUCAUCGCCGACCUUACCUCGAUGAGAAGCCGAGUCUUCUUCGUGUUCAUUCCCAACAUGCCAUAUAUCAUUAAUACUUGGGUUGGUGGUCAGGUAGCAGGAGCUGUUUUGAGUGCGACUACUUGGAAAUGGGGAAUCGGCAUGUGGUGCAUUAUUUAUCCCUUUUGCACCAUCCCGUUCGUCACCGUCAUGCUGCUCGUUGGACGUCGUGCUGCCAAGAAGCAGCCACAAAAGACGAAGACGCAACUGGGAUCACUCACAGACCUGUUCUGGCAACUCGAUAUUGUUGGAAUCUUCCUUCUCACGGCUGUAUUGUCGCUUACUCUCAUCCCGCUCACCCUUGCUGGUGGUGAAGACAAGAAGUGGAAAACGGCAGGCAUUUUAACACCAGUGAUUCUCGGGAUAGUCAUCACGCCUUUGUUCCUGAUAUGGGAAACAAAAACAGCCCAUCCGAUGAUGCCGUCCUACCUCAUCCGGGAGCGUGGCAUGUGGGCAGCAAUGGGUCUAAGCACUUUUAUGACCUUUUCCUGGUACACGCAGUCCGACUUCCUCUACACGGUCCUGUACGUCAGCUUUGACUUCAGUGUCGCCGCUGCUACACGCGUUGCAUCCGUCUACAGUUUUUGCGCUGUCGUGGGCGGUGCAUCUCUCGGUUUGGUGAUUUUUAAAGUGCGCAGACUCAAGCCAUUUAUUCUUGGAGGUCUCGCUCUUUGGCUCGUCGCGUAUGGAAUCCUCAUCCAUUUCAGAGGAGGCACAGGAACAGGAUCCCAAGCCGGAAUAAUUGCUGGCCAAGUGCUUUUGGGCCUGGCGGGCGGCUUCUUCCCUUAUCCCAACUUAGCAGCGGCCCAAGCCUUGGCCAAACACGGGGACUUGGCCGUGGUCACCAGUCUCAUCUUGACGAUGAACAAUGUGGGAAUGGCCCUUGGAGGUUGUGUCUCGGGAGCCAUCUGGACGCAGACGCUGUAUGAUCGACUUCAGAAAGACUUGGCGCCCAAUGCAGAGUUGGCUGCUGCAGUCUAUGCAUCGCCUUUGUAUGUCGUUCCCGAGUAUCCCGUUGGGACAAACGAGCGCGCAGCAAUCAUCGAGAGCUAUCGGUAUAUUCAGAGACUCCUGACGAUUACCGGCAUUUGUCUGACUGUCCCGAUGAUUGCGUUUGCCAUGUGCUUGCGAAAUACCAAGCUAGCCAAGCACAAGCACACGGCGGCUGAGUAGGUUGGCCAAAUCAUGGUCAGUCUUAUAAAUGAAUUACAUGGUGACAGCGUGGCC